AAACUUAAACCUAUUGCGCAGCAUGGAAGCACCACCCACAGAGCACUCUAUAACACCGGUCGCAGAACCCCUUCCCGAAUCGAUAUCUGUUGCUUUAGAUGAACCCGAUAUCAAGGAUGACGACGAAGAUGAGCCAAAAAAACGGAACAAUAAGGCAGAUUCAGAUGACUUGAGUUGUAAAUGGACUGAUUGCCCGGAGAGCCAACACACAAAUUUGCCUUCUUUAGUAAGACACUUGAACAAUCAACACUUGAACUACACAAACAGCUUGACUGUCAACACGCCCACCAAAUACUCGUGUCUCUGGGAAGGAUGUGCUCGUUACGGUGUUGAACAACCGUCUAGGUUUGCAUUGAUCUCUCACUGUCGUACGCACACGGGAGAAAAGCCAUAUUUCUGUCCAAUUCCCGAAUGUGAAAAGCACUUCACUAGGUCAGACGCGUUGGCCAAGCACGUGAAAGGUGUACAUGACUUGCACAUUCUUCGGGAUGCCGUGACAUUAAAUAGAGACCGGGUCAAAAAAGGUCGCAUGGAAGCCAACUUCUUGAACCAGGACAAGGUGACAGAGUUGGAAUUUUUAUCGAUGAUAGAAGAUGACUACGAGUUGCGAGUGCCGUGGUGGUUUUCGAAUGAUUUCUUGAACAUUGUCAGCGAUUCCUCGGACGAGUUCAAAACUCUUUACCGUAUUCCCCUUACUUCCAAACAGUACAGAAUUGCCAUGAAAAGGUACCAAUCAUACUAUCACGAACAGUUUGAAGACAACGAUACCAAACUUCCGCCCCAAUUGAAGAAUGCCAUUGAUGCGUUCACGGAAAUGCAACCUGAAGAUGAAAGUGAGGACACAGUUAUAGACUUGGGUGAGCUACAAAAAUUACACCAAAAAUUGCUGAAUCAGUUAUCCACUAGCCAGAGGGUCAACAAGAUCGCUACCAAACAACUAACGCAUUUGGUGGACGAGAAGAGGAAACUCUGGUACAUCAAAGAAGUUCUUCUUGAUGCCAAUGCCAAGCUCAGCAUUCCUAUCCGCUCAUCUGAUAAGGAUGCUGGCCAACCAGAUAAAUACGAUGAUGAGUUGUACGACAGUAUCAAGACCAUCUGACUGAAAAUUUACUAUGGGUGCUCGCUCAUCUCAAAAUUUUUAUUCUUAACAUUUUUUGUAUACUACUUUUAUAAACAUCAAUGGCUCCACACACCACCUCCACGCACGAGGAACACAUCUCCGAAGUCUCGGAGACGGAUAUCCCCUCCACCACCGAAUCUAUAGUCUCAGAUCACCAAGCAUAUCAUGAAAUGAGUCUAGAAAGCUUGUUUCACCACCUCAAACAGCAGACCCAAUCUAACGAAGAUACGCCCAACGCCAAUAAAGACCGUUUCACACAACUCAAAGAGCGGGUGGACAGGCUUCCUAAGAUCCAUGCCAAUCUUGAAACCACCCUCAAACCACAGGCAAAGAAGGAUAUAGUCACAAUUAAUGAUCCUAUAAUCAUAAAGGCACCAAAGAAAGAUGAGACAGACGACAGUGGCAGCAAAUGGUUCAACAUGAAAGCCCCUGAAAUAACUGAUUCUAUCAAGAGGGACUUGCUAAUUAUCAAGCAGAGAAGUGCUUUGGACCCCAAAAGACAUUACAAGAAAGAUAAGUGGGAGACUCCUAAAUAUUUCCAGAUGGGUACUAUUGUAGAAGGAAAUACCGAAUUCUACUCGAGGAUGACCAAGAAGCAGCGUGGAACCUCGCUCGUUGACGAGAUUCUUCAUGACAACGACUCGCAGAAGUACUUUAAAAGAAAGUACAGCGAGAUUCAAAAACAUAAAACUAGUGGAGGUAAAGCCCACUAUAAGAAGGUCAAGAGCAUGAGAAAGAAGUAUUAAACAUAACUCCAUUUGAAAUUCGUAUUCGUAUUUAGUGGUAUGUACAUAAAUGAUUCAUGAAAAACAUCCAAGUUCCUGGGGUCUUAUUCCUCUAAGCCAGCUCUUUUAAAGACGUCCAGUCUAACCUGAUCCCAUAAGCGUUUUUUAUCAUCCUUUGAUAAUUUGAUCUUUUUCCCACCAGUAGAUUGGUUGAGCUGUUUCUUGACCUCAUCAGAUCGGAUCUUGUAUUCGUGUGCAGUGGUGGCUGCAGCAGCCAAGUUUAUAAGGUAAUUUCGAAGGGCGAUUUCCUUGUACUUGAAUUUCAAAGCCGCUUGGUUAUCAGCAGACGUUAUAGGUGCUUGAUUUCCUUUGGUUGGUGAGUUGAUUUGAAGCAAGGGGGAUUGUUUGACGCUGAUUUCCGCUACGCUUUUCUUGAAGGCGGCGUCCAAAUUGUGUUCCUGGUAAAGAUCUGAUGAGUAUAACGUGUAGAUGAGCUCUUUAUCGGGUAUGUGCGGCUGAAUCAACACUAGAUGACAAGUUUGUGCAAGGUCUCCCACAAGUAGUGGGAAUGAGCCCAGCGAGUAGUGCAACUCAGGAACAGCAGACACCAUGGGCAUUUGUAUCAAGAUCAACUUACACCGGGUGACAUUUAGGUUCCAAUCGAUCAACGACUCAGGAGUGUUUUGGUACAUGAGACCCGAUCCCAACGAGAUUUUGUAAAGUUCGUCGGUAUCAUCGUCCAACAGAAUGGUUUUGCGUUCUAUGCCGUUUUCGACUUCUUGUUGGAAGUGAGUUUCAUGAAGUUGGAUAUCAUUCACAAACUGCUCCACCGUAGUGGAAACAGGUUCACUAUCCUCGGGAAUUGUGACACUGGACGACGAAUAUCGAGAGGGAGCCGAGCGUGCAGACCGCUUGGAGAAGAUACUCGAGUUCAGCGACUUGAACAGAUGGUGCUGGUGGAUCUGCUUAUUGUACUGUUGGAAUGAAGGUGCGGAUCGGAUGGAGGAUGCUGAGGGCAGAGAUACCAGGGGCAACCGCUGGUAAAUGGCACUUCUGGCACUGUCCUUGAAAUGCAGAGGAGGUGUAGACAGCAGCUGCCCAUUACUUCUUACAAAGGGUGAGCCAAACAUAAUUUGGUGUUGUUCGAGUUUCCCCUUUUAAUUGU